AUGCGGUGGCAUGCAAUGUCCAAGUGGUGGAAACAAAGCUGCACCUGGUGGCAUCACGUCAAGUGGUCUGUUACAUAUGAGGCACUCUCAGUUGGAGACAAGUAUGAGCUGCUGCUUCAACAGCAGAUUUGGCUUCAUACUGACCGUCAACUCCAGUAUAUGAAGCCAACCAAGUCCCCUCAAGCAGGUACCAACUGUAGACCGAUUGGCAUGAUUCCAGAACCAGAUAGGGGUUUUCGCAAGCACGUGGCACAGCGGUUCCGCCUCCGCUUCCCCGAAAGUGUACACCCAGGCUGUGAUGUUGAAAAGACUCUACAAGGAGCUUACGCAAGUGGUGACACGCGUGUGUCCGACUCGUACACAUCCACCUGGCGCGGCCGUGCCGAGGUCAUUACACUUUGGUGUUGCUACCUCGACUCGGUCGUUCAUCAUCCCCAAUAUUCCCAGAAAAUUCCUGCUUAG